CCUCAUUGGGACUUGGGCGGAUGCUGCGAGAUCGAAGAGAUCAUCUUCAUCUGCUUCUACGCAGCCUAUGUCGUUGCGUUCUUCGUUCUAUACCACACAACCAUUCUCAAGCCAAUGCGACUAUUGUCUGUUUUUGUCCACGAAUUUGGUCAUGCCAGCGCAUGCUUUAUGACGGGGGGUUCCGUCAAGAAGAUCGAGGUCUACGAAAACGAAGGAGGUGUCACCGGGUACACGGGAGGUUGUCGGACAUUGGUUAUCCCAGCUGGAUACGUUGGCGGUGCUUUCUGGGGAGGUGUCUUUGUGGCUCUAAGUGGCAGCAAAAUUGGCUCGACCAUUGUGGCAUCACUUAUUUCUUUUGCUCUAUUGAUUUCACUUUGCUUGAAGCCGAAUACAAUGGUUGUAGCUCUCUCGUUGGGCUUUUCGAGUCUUCUAAUUGGGUUCAUUUUCAUUGAGUGGUUUGUUUUCGAUCCCCUUCUCGAAUUUAUUACUCUGUUUUUUGGUGUUUUCAUUGGCAUGUACAGCGUGCGAGACAUCUACGACGACUUGAUCACGCGAACAGCAGAAGGAAGUGAUGCUGUGGCCUGUAAUAAGCUUUACCCGUGUUGCCUGCCCCGAUGUGUUGGAGUUCAGUUUUGGAUGGUGGCUUUUGCCUUCCAGGUAGCCGGAAUUUACUGUGCCCUAGUUUGGAUGGUAACAGAGCACAAUUAG